AUGGACCUCCACCCCCAAUCCAUAUCUUCCCAAACCUUCCAGCAUUUGCUAGAAGCCUACCCGCAAACAGUGAAAUCUCUCGCCCGCCGCAAAGCCAGCGCCAGGAUCAAGCGCAAACCAGCAGCGGCAGCAACCCCAAAAACGAAGCAGAAAUCAUCCUGGACAUCCACAGGCGCGCUAUCAGCAGCACAAGAAGAGUAUAUCCGCACUGAAGCGGAUGAGUUCAUGUCGCUUGAUGGGUUCCGGUAUGAGGGGUUACCGGGGGUAGUGGCUGCGAGGGCGAAGGGGAAGACGGAUGAUGGGUAUGAAUGUGGGUAUUUGGAGAAGGAGGAGUUAGUGAGGUUGGUGGAGUGGAAGAUGAAACAUGGUACUUUCCGCCCCGCAUUACUGGGCUUGAUACGUUCGAAUUCGGAGGCUGUAGUCAAAAGUGCUACGGGGGAGGCGUUUAGAGCACUUAAUAAGGAAGGUGAUGAGUUUCCAAAAGAAGCAUUAGAUAUUCUCACGAAAGCGUUACGAGGCGUGGGAGUGGCUACGGCUUCUUUGGUGUUGUCGCUUGCUUCGACUGCUGAUGUACCGUUCUAUAGCGAUGAUGUGUAUUUGUGGGUUUGUAUGGAGGAGGUUCCUACUUCUGUUGACACUGGUUCUGGAGAUGGUGAGGCUGAGGCUGAGGCAGAAGCAGCAGAUAGACUCAAAAGAGGGGUUUAUAAACGGUUGAAUGGCGAGUUGAAUGUCAAGUAUACGAUGGGGGAGUAUCGGGGGUUAUGGGAGGGGGUGAAGAAGUUGAGGGAGAGAUUGGGUCAUCAGUCAGAAGGAACAGUGAAGGGAGUGUCCGGGUUGGAGGUGGAAAAGGUGGCGUUGGUGGUGAGGCAUUAUACUUUGUUGGGAGGUGGUCAUAGUGAUGAUGUUGAUAAGAAGCUAUCUGAGGGAAUGAAGGUGGAGGAAGAGGAAGGAGAGGAAACGAAGAGGGAAAAGAGAAAAUUGGAGGAUGAACAGCCAACAGGAGAGGGAAGACGGAGAAGCAAGAGAUUGGACAGUCGCAGGAUCAAUCCUGCUUGA